AUGUCUCGGCAACUCAGCAUGGACACGGUGCGGCAGAACUUCUGGAAGGAGGAAUACCUGAGGGAGAAGAUGUUGCGCUGCGAGUGGCACCACAAGUACGGGUCCCUGGUGAAGGCCAAGCAGAAGGCCAAGGCUGCAGCCCGCCUGCCCCUCAAGCUGCCAACCCUGUCCCCCAAAGCCCCACUCUCACCCCCACCCGCCCCCAAAGCAGUUCCUUCCAGGGCCUCCAGCCCCGCCUUGGAGGCUCCUAUUCAGUCAGAGAUGUACCCAGUCCCGCCUGCCACCCGGGCCCUGCUGUACGAAGGCAUCUCCCACGACUUCCAGGGCCGCUAUCGCUACCUCAGCACCCGAAAACUGGACAUGCCAGAGAAACGCUACCUCUUUCCCAUCACCACCAACUUCACAUAUGGCUGGCAGCUGGGCCCCCCAGUGAAGCAAGAACUGGUCUUCUGCAAGAUGUGCCGCAUUGAAUCUUUCUUCCGCAAGAAUGGGGCCUUCGCGCUCCUUGAUCCCCGGGAUUUGGCCCUCUGA